UUGUGGAAAAAAGAACCCACAAAGAUUCAAACAAAACCAUGAUGAACUCACCAAAACUUGUAAUGGCUUAUGAGAACAACAAACCAUACAUAGCCAUGUUUAUUGUUCAAGCAAUAUACGCAGGCAUGGCUUUGUUAUCCAAAGCAUCCAUUUCUUCAGGAAUGAAUUCUUUCAUUUUUGUUGUUUAUCGUCAAGCUUUCGCGACUCUCUCGCUAGCCCCAUUCGCGUACUUCUUUGAAAGGAAGAAUGUAGCUCACUUAUCCUAUACUUUGACAUGGAAGAUAUUCUUCAGUUCUUUGAUAGGGAUAACGAUUUGUUCGAAUAUGUACUAUUAUGCUCUGAAUCAUACAACGGCAACUUUCGCUGCUGCCUCGACUAACCUGAUCCCUGCUAUAACCUUCGUGAUCGCUUUUGCCCUAAGGAUUGAGAAAAUGUACAUAAAAGAACUACAUGGCUGGGCUAAAUUGAUUGGAUCCAUAGUUUCAGUUUCUGGGGCUCUUGUGUUUGCUUUUGUCAAAGGACCAACUUUGAACAUAAUGACUUGGUACACGUCCGGCGGUGAAGUUGGAUCAACGACGAAUCAAUUUAGCUCGAAAGGGGAGUUUAUUAAAGGCCCGUUUAUGAUUCUUUGCGCAAACAUUCUUUGGUCUUGUUGGGGCAUUAUACAGGCACCUAUUAUGAAGGAAUACCCAGCAAAACUAUCACUAGUUACUCUUCAAUGUUUUUUUAGCGUAACACAAGCAAUAGUUGCAGCCAUAGCCAUGGAAAGAAACCUAUCUGCAUGGAAGCUUGGAUGGGAUCUUAAUCUCCUAUCUGUUGCUUAUUGUGGAGUAAUCGUGACAGCAUUUACAUAUUGGUUGCAACUAUGGUCGAUAGAGAAGAGAGGGCCAGUAUUCACUUCCAUGUUCACUCCUUUGGCCCUCAUCAUCACCGCAAUCGUCUCGAUGUUUGUGUGGAAGGAACCCCUUUACGUUGGAAGUGUUUGCGGGGCUGUGUUGCUAGCUGGAGGAUUAUAUAGUGUUUUAUGGGGAAAGAGCAAAGAAAUGAAUGGUACAAUCACUGAAGAAAAACCUGAAGUGGAGAUCACGUUGGAGUCCAUUAAAACACAAGAGUAAGCUUGUCAAGUCGAUAGAGCAAGUGUCGGCCAGAUUGUGUAAUAGGCAUGAUAGUGGCCAUCAUCGAAUUUUAGGCGUCCUAUGAUUGUGGUCGCCCACACUAGUAGAUAUACUCUAAUGGUGCUCAAUGGUACUAGUGUCAAUGUUUGUUAUAUUUAGUGUAAGUUUAGUAACCACUUAACUGAUAAAGAUGAUUAAAUAAAAGAAAUUAAGGCUUAUGGUAUCUUAAAUGAGCUAAAUAAUUGCAGUUUUCUUCGUGCUUUGUUAAUUCCGAUGUUUAUAGAAUAUGCUAAAUGAAUUAUUAUUUUCUUUUAAC